AUGACCGACAGAGAUCAACUGACUGGCAGCAUCUACCAGGAGUAUGCCAAGCUCAUAGAGCCUAAUGGCGAUGGUCACUAUCUAUAUAAACCUCAACCAUUUAGUAAGCUCCAGCCCGGCGCGAUCGGGUACUUCGACAGUCACGGAAAGUGGAACCUGAUUACCGAUACUUCCGUCCCCGGAGAUCCUGAAAGCAAGGGAUCCACAGGGCUUGAUCAGCCCCUGCAGCUGAUAGAUGAGGGUUUUGAGCACCCUUACACACAGCUGCUCGAGGAAUGGGUCAAGGAAACUGCAAAGGCGCUUGUGAGCUCCGUCCAUGGUGCCGAUAUCAAAGAGUACGGCCUGUGGGCAAUCCAAAAGACAUGGUCAACCCAGGAGUGUGCCAUAGCUAUGCCAAGCGCGCAUAGCCGGGACAGCAGCGCGGGUUUGGCCCUUGCAGCCACCGGUGUGGGGAAGAUUGGAGGUAGUGGUUCGUCCCUUGCAAAGGCCAACAUUGAGGGCUGGUCGACGUACAAAGCGGAUGAGGACGACAUAGCAUACGUUGUCUCGUACUUCGCACCUAUCUACAGGCUUCCCACUAUCCAAGUUCUCCGUAAGAGUCCGCUCAAGAAGGUCCAAGAACGGACUGCUGACAGUAACGAGUACUGCAAAUUCGUUUACAAUGACAACGGAAACCAGACCGGAGUUGAGUACUACAGACCCGUGUAUGAUGAGAGCGGGACGCAGAUCGGAGAGGAGAAGAUCGACAGAGAAGCCGAGAAGAAAAAGGGGAAGAGGAGAGGAAGAGAAUGGAAGAAGAGGAAAACCCCCUUGAAGAAGACAACCCGCUUCAAGAAGACAUCGUUGUCGAGACCGCUGGUACUAUUGGAUUGA